AUGGCCUUACAGCAAGAUGCAUCCGAGGCAGAAUUGGCUGUUAUGAACGCCUUCCACCGGGAAGCCCACGGUUGCAGAGACACGGCUGGCCAGAUCCUGGAACAAGAGAUAUCCCCUUACUACCAGCAAUACAACCCCUCUGUGCACGUCGCACCGUAUACGACCAUUAUCGGCCCAAGCGGUAUUGGCAAGACGUUCCUGAUCCAGGAACUCGCCCGGAAGGGUGUCUACGUUGCCUACGCCAGUCUCGCAAGUACAGAAUCUGGAGUAUAUCCUUCUCGCUCGAAGAUGGCGGAUCUAGUUGCCAGACGUGAUGAUAAAGAGAAUGCGGCCGUCUUUUUCAACUGUUACAUUGCUGCAAGCUUGGUCAACAUCCAGAUGUGUAGGGACAUUGGCAUCACCGCAACGGGCCUGUUUGAUGCUAUGAUAAGGGUUGAGUUUGCCGAUGUUCAAUCAAAGCUGGCAGAGCAAGUCGAGAAGUUGUACAAGCACGUGUCUGAUUUUAAGCCAGCGGAUGACGCCACGGAGCGCUCGCAGACAUUUGAGCAUAGGGUGAAGAAGUUCGCCAACCAGGGCACGCUGGCCGUCCCGCUCGCACUGUAUGAGGAGAACAUCACCAGCGUGUUUGUGAAUUUCUUGGAAAGGCUCAAUCGCCACGAGCAUCGAGGCAAGUACGUCCAGCCCAGCAAAGCGACGAAACACUUUGAUCCCGAGAACACCCCACCCGCCAUUAUCUGCAUCGACAACGCUCGUGGCCUCUUCAACCCCUACAACUAUUCGGGGGAGGGAGGUUCGUUUUUGGCGUUUCAGACGGCCCUGCGUGACCAAAGGGUGAUCAAUCCGUUGUUCGGACUUCUUGUGGACUCCUCUUCCAAAAUAGCAAGCUUCCAUUGUCCCAGCCCCGACGCCAAGGGCACCUUCCCGCCAAUAUACGAAAUCGACUCGAUGGACCUUUUCGCUGUGAGAAAAGACCGAGGCUGGGAGGCUAUCAGGACCUUGACGCAGUCAGCCCAUGCAAACGUCGGACUGGAACAUCUCUACAAUCUAGGAAGGCCUUUGUGGGGUGCUGUCCUCCGAGAGAAGUCCCGGGAAUCUAGCCUCAAUGAGGCUCAGAUGCAGGUGCUUGAUCUCGCUAGGACUAAGAUCUGCGGCCAUCCAAGCUUGCGUGGACGCAAGCCAAUGAGCGAUACCCAGGCCUUGGCGUUACUCUCCUACCGGAUGGAAUUUGAUAUCACUCCCGACCAGCGCCUUUCCAACGAGUUCGUUGCAAAUCACCUCCGCCACAUCGUUCAUAUAACGGGACGCGACUGGUUCAUGCGCACUUACCAUCCUACGGAGCCGGUCCUGGCGCUAGCCUCCCAGGUGGAAAUGUCCACUCGCUCGAAGACUCGGGUUGAGGUCCUCAGGGCGCUCUAUAAGCACGUCACUGAGGGGUCGAUCAUUCUCAGGAGCACUGGCGAUCCCAUCGCGACCUUGAUCCUGAUGUUUGCUAUGGACGCCGCCCAGCCCGAGGGGAGCCAUCGCCCGGUGAAGCUGGCGAUAUUCUUAUCUUCUCUGUUCUCCGAAAAUGUGCUCGAGUCCAUUCGCGAACGAUCGGAGGCGUCUGACGGGCUGCGAUCUCUGUGGCAGGAGGGUGUGGUGUUUUUCAACCAAUUCGUGCGACUCGGAGUUGAUCCGGACGAGGGUACUUUGUGGAGGGCGUUUCACCGGGCAGCCGCCGUGCUGCCUCAUGUUGGGUACAAUGGACCUAAUAUCAUCAUCCCCAUUUUCCUCCCGAACAAAAACAAGAUGAGCUAUAUCCUUGUCAGGGUGAGCAACUGGCGUGAGGAGGAGAUUGACGAGGCGUUCAAAGACGAUGCAAAGAACUCCCUCAAAUACGAUGCGAUAUCGAUUGACUCGGAAAAAAAGAACGACGACAAAGAAGAUUACGGUGACGAAUACAACAAAGAUGCAAAAGACGAGGAUGAGGAAUAG